GUGUUCCAAUCGCCAUUUGACGGCUGAGAUCCGAUCGAUCUGAAGAAGAAGAUGAUGGAUCCGGCCACCACGCCGCUGGGCCAGAUGCUCCUCGAAGAGAUCACUCCCGUCGUCAUGGUCCUCUCCACUCCCUCCGUCGAAGACUCUUCCCUCAAGAACGGCCUCUCCUUCCUCCAUCUCCUCACUCCUUUCUGCUCCUUCAACAACAUCGACGUGCCUGUUAGGACCGCCAGUGACCAGCCUUAUCGCCUUCACAAGUUCAAAUUGCGUUUGUUCUACGCUUCUGAUGUCAGAAGGCCCGAUUUGAAGGUAGCUAAAGAGCGUUUGAAACAAGUUAUUACGGAGGCAGGGGAGAAAGUGUUCUCUGAGUUGGCUUCUGAUGUGCCACAUAUUGAUCAUGAACAUGCAAGUUCUGAGUACAGAAACACACCAUCCUGGUUUCAGUUUCUUAAUAAAGAGCUUGUACGCGUGGCCUCCUUUUCAGACCAUGAAGCUUUUGACCAUCCUGUGGCAUGUAUUCUAGCUGUCUCUUCAAAUGAUGAAGGGCCUAUUAACCGAUUUGUUGACCUUUAUAACUCCAACAAGCUUCCGUCCCUUCUCAAUGGUGGUGCAAUGGAUCCAAAUAUUUUGAAGCAUUACUUGCUAGUACAUGAUAAUCAAGAUGGCCCUGCAGAGAGAGCAAGUAAAAUUUUCACAGAAAUGAGGAGUACUUUUGGUACAAGUGACUGUUCGUUGCUUUGCAUUAAUUCUUCAGUAGAUGCUCCUAUCAAACAUCAAGUGAAUCCUUGGGCUUCACAUAUGUCUGAUGCAUCACUUAGUCAAGGUCUGGGUUGCUUUCUUAACACUGAUGAUAUCAAUGAGAUCAAGAAUCUCAUGCAAAAUUUAUCAUCGAAGUACAUCAUCCCGAACAUGGAGCAAAAAAUACGUGAACUCAAUCAACAGGUUUCUGCAACAAGGAAAGGUUUUAGAAAUCAAAUAAAAAAUUUGUGGUGGAGAAAAGGGAAAGAAGAUGGUGCAGAUUCUCCCAAUGGUCCCAUGUAUAAUUAUAGCUCCAUUGAGUCACAGAUUAGAGUUUUGGGUGAUUACGCUUUCAUGCUGCGUGAUUAUGAGCUUGCAUUGUCAAAUUACCGCCUAAUUUCCACAGAUUACAAGAUUGAUAAAGCCUGGAAACGGUAUGCUGGCGUGCAGGAAAUGAUGGGACUUACCUACUUCAUGCUGGAUCAAUCUAGAAAGGAAGCAGAGUAUUGCAUGGAAAAUGCUUUUAGCACAUAUGUAAAACUUGGAUCAUUGGGUCAGCAAAAUGCAACAAGAUGUGGUCUGUGGUGGAUAGAAAUGUUGAAGGCACGAGAUCAGUAUAAAGAGGCAGCAACUGUUUAUUUUCGCAUUUGUGGUGAGGAUAUCCUACAUUCUGCGGUGAUGCUUGAACAAGCAUCGUAUUGCUACAUGUUGUGUAAACCCUCCAUGUUGCGCAAAUAUGGAUUUCAUCUGGUGCUUUCUGGUGAGCAGUAUAAAAAGUGUAAUCAGAUAAAACAUGCAAUUCGAACAUAUAGAAAUGCUCUUUCUGUUCUCAAAGGAUCUACUUGGAGCUACAUCAAUGAUCAUGUUCAUUUUCAUAUAGGACAGUGGUAUGCUUCACUUGGGAUGUAUGAUGUGGCUGUCAAGCAUAUGAUGGAAAUCUUGGCCUGCAGUCACCAGUCCAAGGCAACACAGGAAUUAUUCCUUAGUGACUUUCUUCAAACUGUGAAGAAAACAGGCCGGACAUUUGAGGUAACAAAACUUCAAUUGCCAGUAAUCAACAUUUCUUCAAUCAAGGUCAUCUUUGAAGAUUACCGAACUUUUGGAUCUCCUUCAGCUGCUAAUAUUAGAGAAGCCUUGUGGAAUUCUUUGGAGGAAGAAAUGCUACCUUCAUUCUCCACUGCUAAGUCUAAUUGGUUGGAAUUGCAAUCAAAGCUAAUCCCAAAAAAGAAUAGUCAAUCAAAUGUUUGUAUUGCAGGAGAGGCUGUGAAGGUGAAUAUUGAAUUCAAAAACCCUCUGCAAAUCCCGAUUCCUAUAUCUGGUGUUGCACUCAUUUGCAGGCAUUCUGGUAGUACUGAUGAAGCUAGAUCAGAUGAAAACCAGUCAAACAUGGAGAAAAAUAAUGAGAUUGAUCACUUCAGGGAAAUGAGUUCAGAUAACACCUCAUUUUCGGUAUCAGAGGUUGAUUUCUCACUAGGAGGUGGUGAAACAACCAUGGUUCAACUAUCAGUUACUCCCAGUGUAGAAGGUACUCUUUCAAUUCUUGGUGUUAGGUGGAAACUGUCUGGUACUAUCAUUGGCUUUCACAAUUUUGAGUCAAGCCAUCCCAAGAAGAAUAUUGUGAAAGGAAGAAGGAAAUCAAAUUACUCACCUAACAACAUGUUUAAAUUUAUGGUGAUUAAGAGCAUUCCCAAGCUUCAGGGUUCUGUUCGCCAUUUACCUGGGAAGGCAUAUGCUGGAGAUUUACGGCAACUUGUAUUAGAGUUGCGUAACCCAUCAGAUUUUCCUGUUAAGAAUCUGAAGAUGAAGAUAAGUCAUCCUAGAUUUUUAACGAUUGGGAAUCCAGAACAUAUAAAGUCAGAAUUUCCUGCUUGCUUAACAAAGAAAAUAGAUUCAGUGAAUAAUGAUGCACAAGCUAAUCCUGGUAUCAUGUCAGACACUGUUUUUAUGUUUCCAGAGGACACUUCAAUACAAGGUGAAAAUCCCUUCUUGUGGCCUCUCUGGUUUAGGGCUGCUUUUCCAGGAGACAUUUCUCUUUGCAUGAGCAUAUAUUAUGAGAUCGGAGAUAUAUCAAGUGUCAUCAGAUAUCGCACUCUUCGUUUGCAUUACAAUGUGCAGAUAUUACCAUCGUUGGAUGUCUCAUUUCAAAUCAGUCCUUCUCGGAUGAGAAUGCAAGAAUUCCUUGUUCGAUUGGAUGUUGUUAACAAGACAAGCUCAGAAAGUUUCCAAGUUUACCAGUUGUCCUCUGUUGGGAAGCACUGGGAAAUUUCUUUACUUCAACCUCCUGAUACUAUUUUUCCUUUGCAAUCAUUGAUGGCUGGUCAAGCAAUAUCAUGCUUUUUUACACUAAAGAAUUCAAGAUUAUUAACAUCUGAGGCCAAUGAACCUGCCAUGCAUGUCAGAAGUGAUUUAAGUCUGGUUCCCCAAAGCAGUGACAAUUUAGUUUUCAAUAUAAAUAAUGCACCUUUGAUCAAUUUCCACCAUUUUGAAAGUAUUGCAAAAUCUUACACUGAUCAAGGUGACUUAAAUACUGUUGAUUUUGUAUUGAUCUCCCGGUCACUGAAGAGUGACAACAAUAGUGGGCUUUCUGAUCCUCCGUGUGUUAUGUCUCACCAUGCGUGUCACCUCAGUACUGCUAGCACCGGCCCUAUUUCAUGGCUAGUGGAUGGACCUCGAACAUUGCAACAUGAUUUCUCUGCGUCCUUUUGCGAAAUAAAUCUGAAGAUGCAUCUUUACAAUUCGUCUCAUGCUACUGCUAUCGUGCGCAUUGACACCUUAGAUUCUGCAGGCAGUGGUGGUGUGGUUCAAUCACCCACUUCGGAUAUCCAAGCAGGUUGGCAUGAUGUCACACCAACGACACCAACGAGUGAGCCCAAAGUCACAUCAAAUGCUUUUGAAACCCAACUCAAGAAGGCGCUAUCGUUGGACAGUGUCUCACCAUAUAUUUGGUCUGGAUCAAGCUCUACCAAUCUACACCUUGAGCCUAUGUCCUCUGUGGAAACCCCUCUUCAGAUCUGUGUAUUCUCUCCUGGUACGUAUGAUUUGUCCAGUUAUGUUUUGAAUUGGAAACUUUCAUCCAAAGGUCACGGAGGUGGUGAUGAAACGAAACAGCAAUCAGGCAAGUGCCAGGGGUAUAAAUACUAUAUUACUGUGCUCCAAUCCAGUUGAGAAGCUGGUAAAUUUUAGUUGUCCAUUUACCAUUUGCUAGAAUUUUAGAUCUCAUUUUUAACGGUGGCUGUAUAUAUAUAAAAAAAAGGUACACUUCCCUGUAUUAUUAAGCUUCAAUAGGAACAAGGAUGGAUGUAAAGAUUCAGAGGAAAAGGUGCAACACGUUCUUUUUGUCCAAACAAUAAUGAGUAUGAAGAGAGUACAUUACCAUUUUUAGUUACAAAA